AUGAAAGUCGGACCUUCGCGUACAUAUCCUUCCCUGUGGUUCAUGCCCUCACACCCUCUUAUAACCCCAGCGACGGACGCUGAUAUCCUUGACAACCUUCACUGCCAGCGUCAGCAGACGUUCGUCUUCAACGACUGCUACACCAGCAUCUGUUCUCUGAACAGACUCCUCUCAUAUCCCAUCAACCAUUUUGGAGGGGAGAGCGUUUACGUGCUGUAUGGACGCCCGCUUCAGCUAAUCGCCGAGAUAUCUUUGAACGUCUAUCAGGGCAGGCUGGUUAAUGCUGAGCUGUCUGUUACCCACUUUGAUGAUCCGGGCGCUAGUCCGCACAGCUUAACUUCUGACCACGACGACAGCACACUUGGUGCUAUCACAGCUUUGUACCAACCUACAUCAUCUCUAAGGUCUGUCAUACAAUCUGCUCAGGUCAAUACUCCCUGCAUUGACCUUGGUAUUGACGAAGUCUUGAAGGAACUCAAUGUGACACUCGACGCACCAUAUACUCCGGACGACUCGGCUCUCGAAUACUUCAUCUCACAAAAUUACGACUUUCGCACUGUCUACGCUAAUUUCCAUUCCUAUUGA